AUGGCUCCACCGACUGCUUCUAAGGGAAAGAAGGCUGUCAAAAGUCAAAAAUCUGUCCGACCAGGAGACAAGAAGGGCAAGAGAAAGGCUAGAAGAGAGACCUACUCUGUCUAUAUUUACCGUGUUCUGAAACAAGUCCAUCCAGAUACCGGAAUUUCCUCUAAGGCUAUGUCUAUUAUGAAUUCCUUCGUCAAUGAUGUUUUUGAAAGAAUUGCUGCUGAAGCUUCAAAACUUGCUCAUUACAACAAAAAGUCAACUAUCUCAUCGAGAGAAAUUCAAACAUCUGUUAGACUUAUUCUUCCUGGAGAAUUAGCUAAACAUGCUGUUUCUGAAGGAACAAAGGCCGUCACCAAGUAUACUAGUUCAAAGUAA